AUGUUUACAGCAAUACACUAUUGCUCUAACGAAACCAUCAUUGGCUUUUACCAGAAUCAUGCACAAGCAGUCGUUGACCUCUAUAACUUUGAUGAAUGUGGACAGAAUAGUAGGGCAUGUCAAGCAGGAUUCUUCUUGGAUAAAACACGACGUAUUCAUUUGGCUUGUUGUGCUGGUCAUUUUUGUCCGGAAGGCCAAUUAUGUAUGAUACCAUGUCGACCUGGUUCAUAUUGUCCCACCGCAUUGAAAGCGAUUGAUGGAAUUUGUCAAAAUGCUGUGUCAUGUCCAUAUUAUCCUCCAAAAAGUUAUGAUGUUUAUGGAUGUGGUGGAUCGACAUUCGAAGGAUUCUGUCCAGCUGGUUCAUUUUGUAAGAUGUCAAAUGAGAGUGAGUCAUGUCCGAAUAGUACAAGUUAUUGUCCGACUGGUGUGCAAGAACCAUUAUCUUGUCCAUCGAAUUUCGUCUGUAUAAAUGGAAGAGCACGACGACAACGUCUUUUGACGAGUGUAAUUAUCGCUGUUGUUGUCAUUAUUGUUGUUUAUGUUUUAGCAGUUGAAAUCUUUCAAUGGAUUGUAUUGAAAAAAAAGCUUUUAGGACAAUACACUUUAGAUGAUAUUUCGAAAGUGAGCGAUUAUUUCAAGAAACGACAAAAAUCAAAAUCGAAACCAACUUUCCAAUUGAAUAUUCAUCUUUAUAGAGCUAGACUACGAAAUGUUACACGUUUCGAUCUAAAACGAAAUGAAGGUUUUACAGGUCGUAUAACGGCUGGACGAUUAACGGCAUUAAUGGGUGGAUCUGGUUGUGGUAAAAGUAGUUUAUUAGAAACAAUUCAUGGUCGUCGAAGAUUGCAUCCAAAAGGCUUCAUCAAAUUUGGUGAACAUGAACCAUUAAGUAAUGUGCUCACUGAUUAUAUUGGAUAUGUGCCACAAGCAGACAUAAUGCAUGAGGAUCUAACUGUCUUCGAAACUGUUUAUUAUUCUGCACGAGCACGACGUCUAAAUGAUUCACAAAAAAUUAUCAAGAAUGAUGUUUGCUUUGUCUUGGAAAAAUUAGGACUGGGAUUCUUGCAUAACAGCAUGACAAAAACUCUAUCAGGAGGUGAGUCAACUCGAAAUUUACAACACUACAGUGAUUAA